CUUACUCUCUAUUUCUCAGGUGCCAACUACCCAAUUUGGAUUGUUAGUGACAUGAGGAGGCAAAGUGAUUUAUCAUGGUUCAAACAACACUAUGGAGAGUGCCUUUACACUGUGCGUAUUACUGCCUCUGAAGAAGUGAGGAAGCAGAGGGGUUGGGUGUUCACUCCAGGAAUUGAUGAUGCUGAGAGUGAAUGUGACCUUGACAACAUGACUGAUUGGGAUCAAGAGGUGGAUAACAGCAAUGACCCAGGGAAAGUGGAUGAAUUACUUCACCAUCUGACUACGUUGUGUUCUCAAAGAUUAAGUAGUGCUACUAGGAGCACUGGCAAGAAGAUCUGAGGCCUACUCUACAGGAUUUAGUCUCGUGUUAGUAAAUAAUUUAGUUUUUUACAAAAUAGAGUACUGGGAGCCCCUAGCCUCAUACAAUAUACUGAAUACAUUCCAGGAAACUGCCACUUCAAAUUAAUCACACUUCUCUCAUAAGAAAUGCUUGCCAAAACAGAGUUCAGCUUAAGUGAAAUUGUAUAAAAAUAACAACUGUUUAAGUUUAAAAUAUGGCAGUACAUUCCAGACCUUAAACAGUCAGAUGCAGUGAAGAACUUUAUUUUAAUUUAUA